UCCACCUAGAAACCAGGUUGUCGUCCUCUCUCUCUUCAAGUGAAUCCCACCCCCUUCUGCAUUUUUCUGCAUUUAUUCCCAUCCUUUUCAAACUCGUCAAUAAAAGUGCCCGUCCUCUCCUUUACGGAUUUUCUAGAGACGAGAUCGAUAGAUGAGGAAUUGAAGUUUGAAGGAGAGGAAGGAGAAGAGGGAUAAGUACAGAAUGCAGUGCAAGACUCAGUGCAAAUGAUGCAGACAUUAGGCGGCUGGGGUGAUGCUAGCACACCGUUGGGAACCUAACACUGCCAGCAUUGAAUUUCUUCUAAAAUCUGAGGCUUGUUGGUUUGGCUAGAAACUUUGAUGGAUCCAUCAAAUAGUCCAGGGGAGUUUGAUUAUUUAUUUAAAUUGUUACUUAUUGGAGACUCAGGAGUAGGCAAGAGCAGUCUCCUUUUGAGUUUUACAUCUGAUACUUUCGAUGAUCUUUCUCCCACAAUAGGUGUGGACUUUAAAAUUAAGAUGCUCACUCUUGGAGGGAAAAGACUGAAGCUUGCAAUAUGGGACACAGCUGGACAGGAGAGAUUCAGAACGUUAACCAGUUCAUACUACAGAGGUGCUCAAGGAAUUAUACUUGUAUAUGAUGUUACCAGGAGAGAAACAUUUACAAACCUGUCAGAUGUAUGGGCAAAGGAAGUGGACCUAUAUUCCACUAACCAGGACUGCAUCAAGAUGCUUGUUGGGAAUAAAGUUGAUAAGGAGAGUGAAAGAGUUGUGACGAAAAAGGAGGGGAUAGCCUUUGCAAGGGAAUAUGGUUGCCUUUUCAUUGAAUGCAGUGCAAAGACUCGUGUUAAUGUACAACAAUGUUUCGAGGAGCUUGUCUUGAAGAUCUUGGACACACCAAGUCUAUUGGCUGAAGGAUCAACAGGAGUGAGGAGGAACAUCUUCAAACAGAAACCACCCACUGAUGCCUCCACUAGCAGUUGUUGCUGACACUUUUUAACACUUGUAUUUUUUUUCUCUCUGGUUCCCUUAAAUGCUAUAUUACUAACUAUUGACUGUGCUUCAAUGUUUCGUUUGGGUGUUGAUUAUAGAAAGCUUUCUUCAUAUUCUCUUUUCCUUC